AUGGAGACUUUUCAUGUUCCAGAAGCUAGUACUUCUGAGAAGACUAGUGCCCCCCGGAGAAGCCGAACACAGCAGGAAAAGAGCCAUCCCCCUCUCCCGUCGUUCUUUACCAAGGGUCCAAACAACAAAUAUGUUCUCAAAGAUAAAGAGGGACACUUCCGUGAUGUAUCUCUGGGAGACAUCCUGGAGAGAACCAGUCAAGACGACGCAAGGUCGUCUGAUGAAAGCAUUGGCCCCUCAUUGUUCACUUCCUCCCUCUCAUACAAGUCAUCCUUUGCCCAGACAUCUGUCUCCCAGUUCUCGUCGAACCCUCCCACUAAGCCAAGCAGCCCUUCUCUUGGAGAGUCUUCUCAACAAAAAGACCUCAUAAUUCCUUGUCCAAGGCUGCCUGACCCGGUAGCUCGACAACGGGACAGCGAGUCGGUGUAUAGUAUUGAAGAUGUCUCGGUCCCGGCCGUCGACUACACUGCCACUGCCACUGCCACUGCCACUGCCACUGCCACUCAAACCUCUCCUCGCAACUCAAUCCUGAAGGAGAAUACCGCUCCUACCCCAAAGGUUGAGAUUGACUCCGAGUCUCAGAACUUGGAUGAGUACCUGAGGAAGUACGGUCAGAGGAAAGUCACUCGGCAAAAGCAUAUCAUGACUGCGUUUCUGAUUUCUGUCAAUUUUAUGUUCAUAUUUGCCUCUUGGUGGUGGCCUCGCUAUUACUAUGUUUACAUCCCAUUCAUCUCAUUCCCCCUUGUUCUCAACUGCAUCAUGAUCGCCUCCAUCAUCUGUUUCACUCUCAAGAACCUCAUCUCUGCUGAGAAGAUCAUUGAGCCGGAUCAUCUUGAGGACCUCAUCAUGAUCAUGCCUUGUUACAACGAAACCUUGGAAGAAUGUACCAAAUCCCUUGAUUCUCUGGUGGAUCAAGUUGGUAUUGACAACCACAAGAGGGGUAUCAUGGUCAUUUGCGACGGCCGUGUCCGCGGGCCAGGAAUGGAGAAAACAACAUCCCAGUACCUCAAUGAAGACAUUUUUGUCGAGCAACUCCACCGUGAGAAGAUCACCAGAGCUUAUAGAGCCUGGGAUGGUCAAGCCAUGGAUGUCGAGAUCUCAUGGGGUUACUACAAGGGCGUUCCAUUCUACUGCAUUGUCAAAGAGCAAAAUCAGGGGAAACGCGAUAGCCUCAUUGUUAUCCGCUCAUUUCUGUACAAGUUCAAUAUCAGAAACACCAACCCCACUACGAUAUUUUCUUCACAAUUCCUGCUCUCAAUGACCGACUGGCUUACACAAGAAGUCAAGGUCAGUCAAGUGGACCAUUUAAUCGGCAUGGAUGCAGACACCGUCUUUGACAAGGGCUGCAUUUCAGAGCUGCUUAAAGAAUCAAAAUACGCAAAUACCGUGGGCGUUUGUGGCUAUGUUGCAGUCGAUUUCAAGGACGGCAGUUGGAAUCUGUGGUCAAUCUAUCAGAAUGCCGAGUACACAAUUGCUCAAGGCUUGAGACGACUGCAUCAAUCCAUUGCCACCAAAAAGGUCUCAUGUCUGCCAGGAUGUUGUCAGCUGCUAAGAAUCUGCGACAUGACUUGCGGUGACAAGGUGCUGGUAGAGCUGUUUGGGUAUUAUCCUAGACCACUUGAUGGCAUGAUUACACGCAUCCGAGCCACUGCCUCUGAAGACAGAAAUCACAUAUGUCAGCUUCUUACGACUUUCCCAGAGGCGCAAACUCGACAGGCUCUGAGAGCUCGAGCGUACACGGAUGUGCCUCAUUCUUGGAGUGUUUUCUUAUCCCAACGCCGCCGCUGGACACUUGGAGCUACAAGCAACGAUUUGCUAUUGACGACAGCAAGACAUUGCCAAUGGUGGGAACGAAUCUUGGCCUUUUCUAAUGUCCUUACGUGGUGUCUCAAUGUCUUUGUAAUUGCUUCUAUCGGAUGCAUGAUCGUUGCUUUUAUGCAUCAGCCGUGGUGGAUCAUUAUGGCCUUUGCAGGCAUCAUGAUUGUACCACUCAUCUACUAUGUUAUCAUGGCUGUCUGGCUUCCUCAGUCGAUGCUGGAGAGGUUUCAGUAUCUUUUUGGCCUGUUCAUAUUCGUUGUUCUCGGACCAUUUCUGAACAUUGCAGUCAUGGUAUUUGCUGUUUUUAACAUGGAUAGCUUUGGCUGGGGUAAGACUAGGAAGGUCAUCGCUGAAACACCUGAAGACCGGGUUCAGGAAAAGCAAAGAUUAGAGGGCUCUAGCAGUGGCUCAACCUCACCACGGGCUGAAUAG